AUGGAGCAAGUGCACAAGGACAAGCUGAGAGAGUUCGUGGCUCGUAGCAGCGGAUCUAAAGGCGAAGGACUACUGACAGAGAUGAACAAGCUCAUGGACUACCUGUUCGAGCACAACUUGGCGUACCGCACAACUGUGCGGUGCAGUGUGGUGGGGGUCCACCCCCAAAACAGGGACGGUAUGGGCGUCUCCUGCCAUCAUGUUGCCGAGUUGAUUAAGAGCAUCCAUGCUCUGGGGUUCGACCCAAGCAAAGUCAACAUGCUUCUGGUCGAGAUGUUGCCAGGCACCCCAGAAACUGCAAAGGCGAUACAGUUCAAUGACAGGAUGGCUAUGGUAUCCAGUGGCCGUCUCCCAUCAGUUGCAUGUGGUGGCCCUUUGCGGUACUGCACAAUACAAGGUUCACAUACCAAUAUGGCGUGCAGGUCGCUCCUCUAUGGUGCUGCCAGUGAUGAUCCAGCUUUGGCCGACUCCUCAGGCAAAUUAUCGAUAGACCGCAUUGGAAGCCAGUGGGCAGCAGCCAUCAAGAAUGGCAUGGAAUGCACAGUUUUGACCAGCGCUGUUGCCACAGCCAACCCUGACAUCAUCAGUUUGCUGCAGGCUUCGGGCAAUGCAGUCCAGCAAAUCAGCAAGGAGGAAGAUGAGAUCCAAGUCAGCAACCGGAUCAUCCAAACCAUCAACUCCUACCAGAGCUUGCAUGGAAAGACGCCUUUGUGGUCAGACAUUAGCAACCAAGUUUUGAGGAGCCAACCGAAAUGCAAAGAGGCUGCCCCAAGCAUCUUCUUGUUCUCUUUGAAAUAUUCAGCAGGGGAUGCCUUUUGGACAGAGACCGAAUCAUAUAUUCGUGCUCAUGGGCUUUCUCGAAAUCUGGGAUUGGAGACAUGGACAAACUUGUCUACAGACCUGAAGGGUGAUGCCAGGGUUUGGUAUCGACACAUGCUGCUGAAGUUUGCUUUCUGCAACGCAGAGCGAGUUCUUUCAGCCAGUGAUGCCAAGAAAGCUUUGAGCAACAAAGAGCUCUUGAAGGAAGCGGUCAACCUGGUCAAAGUAGCAGCCCAGUGGAAGAACAUUGCUCAGACAUUGUGCGCUGAUGAGAAGAAAAAACUUGCCAUGAAGAGUCACAUGGGACACUUGGAGGUCCAUUUGAUUUCCAUUUUGCUGGACCGAAAGAAACGCCAAUAUGAAACCAUGGGCCAGGCUGCCAAGGAAUGCAUGGCUGAGUUGGUGACGGAGACAGGGGCUAUAAUUCCAACACUGCCAGAUGAGUGGUCAGAUUCACCACAAGACGGAAGCUCAAAGCCGACGAAGGAUGAUCGCCCAAAGGGUCCAGCUCGUUUGGCUCAGCACAAGUACGCUGCAUCUGGAGCUUUGGAGAAUGUGGAAGAAGUUCUGGCUUCAAAGGGCUUCCAACCGGGCAUGCAAGCCACACGAGGAGAUGUGACAUGCACGAUCAGGAAAAUCACCACAUCAGACGUGGAGAUCCUACUGGACGACCAGACGAUCAAGGUGGUGUCAGCCUCUUCAUUCCUCAAUGGGGAAUGGAAACUGAACAGCAAAACCAGCAAGGAGCAAGAGGAAGUCGAAUGGACUUCAGACCAGCCAGCCACGUCCAUUGAGAUGCAGCUUCAAGUCUUGAAGGCCAAGACUAUGGUGGCUUGUUGGGAUCAGAUGCAAACAGCCAAGUGCAAAGAUGCCUUGAACUCGCUCUCUGUUUUCAAAGGACCAAGAUCAGUGACAACCAGUAAGACCUGGGCUCCAAAAAAAAUGGAGAUCCCCUGUGCAACCAACAGAGUGACCACAUGCGAAAUUGGGAAGGAAGGCCAGAAUGAGUUGGUCAUUGGUGCCUACAAGAAUUUCUACGUGUGCCUUUCUCCUGCGACCAAAAUGGGGACCUCGGAGGGCCCAUCAGGCUGUUGCAACCCCUUUUGGAUGAUCCCAAAGUCUCUGGAACCUGAUGAGGUGAAUGUUGAGGUGCACCCAAACAUGGACGUCCUGAAGAAGACGAAAUUGAGCCUUGAGCGCUCAAUCACUCUUCCGGUUAUCCGGAAUGUGGGCAAGCUUGAGAAGGAGACGUGCCUGACGAUGAUCGCGAUGAAGCGGAACAAGGAACAGGAGGUGGAACCGCUGAGGGAGCCGCCACCCAAGCGACGCCGGGAGAAAGGUUCAUGA